AGUAAAGUAUUUUGGGCUGGAAAACUCGGGAACAUCUUUGCCCUAACGCAGACCGUUCGGACAAUGGUCAAAACCUCAAAGCUCAGCUCAGCUCUUGUCUCCCACAGAUUCCUUGAAUCUAACGUUUAGAUUUCUGCCAAGUACUCUUAAUUUCCAGAUCCAUUCCCCCAAACACACAUCUGCAAUCUCACGCGUGUGCGCAGCUCCUCCUCCUUCCAAUGGCGAAAAAUCCCCACAAAGGCAAGUGUUUCUAUAUGCUACUACUCUAUUUGCUCUUCACUUUCGGUUCUGUUUCUAGGGUAUUGGUUAGCUCUAACUCUGUCUCUAUCGGAGAUGAACACGAGCACGAUAACGAUCACGGUCACGGUCACGAUCCGCACAGUGAAGCCCAAACAGAACUCAGUCGUAAGUUUGUUCAACAGCAAGUUUUGUUACAUAAACUCGAGGAGUUAGUGAGAAACCUUAGUGAAAUAGUUACUAGAUUAGAAUCAAAAUUACCGGAGUCUUCUAAGGUGGCGAGUACUUCGGAUGACAAGCACAAUCAUGUAAAGGAUAAGAUUCGUAAAAUAGACCACGAGGCUGAAAGAUUGGAUAAAGAUUUCGAGGAUGAAGGCUUUGAGAGUAAAACUCGAGAGAGGGAGAGAGGGAGGGCUGUUUCAGUAACAAAGUAUAGUCCCUUUUGGUCAGAGAGAUUUCAGUUUGUUUCGGCCGUCAAAUUGGAUUCGAACGCAACUUGUAUGAAUGUGUUGCCGUUUCGGGAUUUCGAGGGGCUCAGCAAGUAUGUGGCGGUUGGGGAUGACAGAGGGAGAAUUUAUGUGUUUUUGAGAAAUGGGGAUGUCCUGGUUGAGUUCUAUACAAUGUCCGAGACACCAAUAACGGCCAUACUUUCGUACAUGUCGGUUAAUAAGAAUGAGAGUGUUGUGGUGACGGGACAUCAAAAUGGUGCGAUCUUGAUGCAUCGGGUAUGGGAGGGGUCAACUGGAGAAGAAUGGAGUUCAGUUUUUAUGGAAAAUGCAGGUAAGUUUGUGUUUGCUGAAAGUGGGGAAGAUUUGCCACCGAUAAAUAUCUUGGAAGUGCAUUAUGUUGGGAGGAUGAGGUACAUUUUGACUGUUGAUGGUAGUGGAAAAAUUAGGGUUUUCACAGAAAAUGGAACUCUUUAUGGUUCAACUAUGCCAACGAACAAGCCACUUACAUUCUUGAAGCAACGGCUUUUGUUUCUGACAGAGAGUGGUGCAGGGUCGUUGGAUUUGAGGAGCAUGAAAGUUAAGGAGUCCGAUUGUGAAGGAUUGAACAAUUCUUUAGCUCGAAAUUAUGUUUUUGAUGCCACGGAGCGGUCUAAAGCAUACGGGUUUACAUCGGAGGGUGAUUUAAUUCAUGUAUUGCUUCUGGGGGAUGUAAUGAACUUCAAAUGUAGGGUUAGAUCCAAGAGGAAGUUUGACUCGGAUGGGCCUCUUGCAUUUCAGGCUAUUAAGGGGUAUUUGCUUGUUGUUAGCAAGGAGAGGGUCUUUGUGUACAAUGUUUCCUCUCGGCAUUAUGCAAGGGUUGGUGCACCUCGGCCUGUUUUCUCUACUAGUCUGGAUGAAGUCCGAUCAUCUUUUCUAACUUAUCAGACAGUGGAUGUGGAUGCCGAAGGAAGAAGGGUGAUACCCUUAGUAGCCAGUGACCGUGAAAAGCUUGUUGUUCUCGGCCUUGGAAGUGGGUAUGUUGGAAUUUAUCACUCUAACCUUCCUUUAUUUAAAGGGGAAUAUAAUACAAUGCUAUGGACCAGCCCUGUAUUGUUCUUCUUACUCUUCCUGUUUGGGGCUUGGCAUUUUUUUGCUAAGAAAAAGGAAGCUCUUACUUCAUGGGGUCCAGAUGAUCCCUUUAGCUCCACGUCAGCUACAACUGGAGCCCCUUUAGGAACUGGUUCUGGAGAUAGAUCUUUCGUGGACUCUUCUUCCAGAAGUGCUGAUAUGAUGGAUCUCAGAGGUGGUGGUCUCAGAGGUCCAUCGAGAAGGUAUGUCUCUCCCACACGAUAUCCUGGCGGAGCAAACAGUUCUUUUAGACCAGGUCCUGUAGAUCAUAACUCUAGACCAGCUUCUGUUGAUGCUAAUUUCAGAGCAUCUUCAGAGUUAAAAUUUAGGGGUUCAACUUUAGAAUCUUCUGGUUUUCCAAAGAGAAGAGAGAGUUUGUUUAUAAGUAAUCAAGUUGGAGAUGAGAGCAAUUGACUUGUUGAAUCAAUUGCAUGAACUUUUACCUUAAAAGUCUGAGAGUUCAUUCAGUUUUUGUCCUCAAGAUAGUAUGUUUGGCUUUAUGGAGCUAUUUGAAUUGGCAAUCUCUGUAACUUGUAACUUUGUAAUUUUAGUUGCUUGAGAAAAUAAUGAGGAAAGUUUAAGCAUUUUUUAAUCA